AAAUGCUAUCAAAAUUUCAACCAAUUUAUAUUAUCGAAAUUCAGUGAAAGUUCAUUGCCAUCGCGUUGCAAAAGUGUUUUCCCUUUCAACCCAUCCGAUGUAAAGAGAUCUACACUCUCACAUAUAUAUCGGCGAAGAGAGCUCGGAGUGUUUUAAAACAAAAUUUCGAUACUGUGAUAAUUAAACAAACCAAAAAGUUCAUAAAACCAAAAAAAAAAAAAAAAUAUUCGCUAAAUAAAUGCUGGCCAAAAAUUUGCGUGUAAUUAAAACAACAAGCCACAAAAAAUAAAAACAAAAUUCACAAACAUCCAACAACCAACCAGCAAAACAAACAACCAAAUCUAACUCCAAUAAAAACACCAUUUAAAUUCAACACCAUUCGACGGAGCAGCAACAAACUUGGCCGUUUGGGGAAUAGAGAAAUUAUCAUUUCGACAAAAACAAAUAAUAAAACGCGUUCGCCAUCAUCAUCAUGCUGCAAUCUAUGAAAUUGCGUACAGAUCAACUUUCCGAUGCAAAUAGUAACAGCAGCAGCAACAACAACAACAACGUCAGCAGUGCCAGUAAUACCAAUAGCAACACUAACGCCGGAGUAGUAAUGGUGGACAAUGGUCUUGGCACAACCACAGCAACAUUAAAUCCUAGCCAACUUUACACAGCCACCAACAGCAACAACAACUCCGGGACAUUGUCAGCACCUGUUGCCCGAAUUGUGGCAACACCGGGGGCGGCAGCACUUGCUGCAGCUCAUGCUAAUGGACUUGGUGUAGUUGUUUACGCUAAUAACACUAACAACACAAACAGCGCCAGCAACAACAACAACAUCAUUGGCAAUGGCGACAGUAAUGUUGGCGGCAUUGGCGUUGGCAUUAACAAUAACAAUAAACAUAUGAUGAUGGUAAACAAUAAUCAUUUAAAUAAUCUACAACAACAGCAACAACAACAUCCCCUGCAUCAACAGCUACAUCAGUAUCAGACCAAGUAUUUAGAGACUGCCAUUGCUGCGGAGACAACAGCAUCGGCGGCCACAAUUAAUUCAACCAAAGUUACAACAUCGUCGAAAACUUUUCAUCCCUAUUCGCGUCCUCCACCGCCCACAGCAGCAACAGCAGCAGCAUCGGCAGCUGCCACACCGGCUUUGUGCUUAUCGUCCUUUGGCUAUGCCACACAAAUAAAUUCCAACAUUGGGAAUUUAAAAACAAAUUCUGCUACAGCUGUGGAGACUGCAACAAACAACAACAGCAACAAUAGUAGUAAUAAUACAAACACCUCUCCAGCAUCAAGUGGAUUAUUAACUUUCCCAGUGCCACCAACAACAUCAUCGUCGACAACAGAAUUAUCAUCACAGUUUCCAACAGCUACACAAACAUCGUCAGGAACUUUAUUAGCCAGCAGCAACAACAAUAAUAACAACAACAGCAUGGAACAUCAGCAACAGCACCACCAAUCCUCAGAAACUAAUCCCAUUGCUUUACCAACAACAAUGACGAGUGGCAGCGCUGUAGGCGGCAACACCGAUGAUGGCCAUACAAAUGCUGAAAAUAUUGAUUCUAAACCCGAAUCGACUAAUGACAGUUUAGCUUUGGUACCAUUCACACCCAUGGAAUGUUCUGAUAUGUCAACGGCCACAGAUGAAUUUUCCAAAGACCAACCGGAUCCGGAUACGAUAAAAAUGUUUGUGGGCCAAGUACCAAAGGCAUGGGAUGAAACAAAGUUGCGUGCCCUCUUCGAGCAGUAUGGGCGGGUGCAUACGCUGAAUGUGUUGCGUGACAAGGUUACCAUGAUGAGCCGAGGAUGCUGUUUUGUGACGUACUAUACACGUAAGGCUGCUUUGAAGGCGCAGGAUGCUUUGCACAACAUCAAAACUUUAGAUGGGGUAAGUAAUGGAGAUGACGAUGACGAGAAGACCGAGACGAUGUGAAAUUGUUUUGGUCUACUUGUCAUCCUAAGAUACUUAA